UGUUGUUCUAAACCGAAGCACCGAGCACUCCGUCAGAAAAUAGUCCCAUUGGAAUGUGUAUCUAUCGCACUCAAACAAUUGUUGUACUAGACCACGUUUUCUCUAUCUUGGAACGGGGAGAUACCUCCUGUCCUAUCGGUCUCUUGAAUAUCUCACUCUGUGUCUUUUAUAAUUUGAGCAAAUUCGCUGACGAGAGGGGCCGCAUGUAAUCAAGUACAACAAUAGCCAGCAGAAAAAGAAACGGAGGCGAAGAAGGUAAAGGGGGGAGGGUUGGCAUUUUUCCUCCCGGCGGAAGGAGACGUUGCGCUCAGUCAGGAGAAUGAGAGAUUUGGAAUCGCAGCGCCACGGAGCCUGAUCCAACGUAGAAUGGAGCUGAGAAUAAACGGAGUUACAUUGUAGCCAUAAAGAAUACAAAAUAUAGGUACAAUCUAACAAUUCCUUGUGAGGAAUAGAACACAGCAAUGCAAACCCUGCGCUGAAGAGGAGUGGCAGGGUCGACCAAAAGGGAGAAAUAUGGGCGCCGUGCUACGGACUCUGUUGUUGUGUAGUUUUUGUUUGCUAAUACGAGGUGGGCCUCUCCUGCUGUACGCCAACCGGCGGGACCUGCGGCUGGUGGAUGCGUCGCGCGGCCGGGCCAACGCCACCGUGGUGGUUGGAGGUCUGGAGGACGCGGCGGCUGUGGACUACGUCUAUGCUCAGGGCCUGGUCUACUGGAGCGACGUCAGCGAGGAGGCAAUCAAACGCACCGUCUUCAACCAAUCAGGACCCGGAGGCACGGCAACACAGACGGUGGUCCUAUCAGGAUUGGCCUCUCCAGAUGGGCUGGCCUGUGAUUGGCUGGGCAGAAAGCUGUACUGGACGGACUCGGAGACAAAUCGUAUAGAGGUGGCGGAGCUGGAUGGGUCUUUACGGAGAGUUAUUUUCUGGGAAGACCUAGACCAGCCGCGAGCCAUCGCUCUGGACCCAGUGAGAGGGUACAUGUAUUGGACAGACUGGGGAGAAGUUCCUAAGAUCGAGCGAGCAGGGAUGGACGGCACUAACAGAGCAAUGAUCAUCGAUAAGGAGAUUUACUGGCCUAAUGGCCUGACGCUAGACUACAACCAGGAGAAACUGUACUGGGCCGACGCCAAGUUCAACUUCAUACACCGCUCCAACCUGGAUGGAACUGGCAGGGAGGUGGUUGUUAAGGGAGAUCUUCCUCACCCCUUUGCACUGACACUGUAUGAAGACACUCUGUUCUGGACCGACUGGAAAACCCGUUCCAUCCACUCCUGUCAGAAAGACACCGGGGAGGACCAGCGGAACGUCCACUCUGACAUCUUCUCUCCCAUGGAUAUACACGUCUACAGCCAGAAGAGACAGCCACAACUGUCUACGCCAUGCUCCGUGAGGAACGGGGACUGUUCCCAUCUCUGCCUCCUGUCUCCUAACAAGCCUUCCUACCAGUGUGCCUGUCCCACCGGGGUCCAGCUGUUGGAGGAUGGCCGGACCUGCAGAAAUGGUGCCACCCAGCUCCUCCUCCUGGCCCGGCGGACGGACCUGCGGAGGAUUUCUCUUGACACACCUGACUUCACGGACAUCAUUCUGCCGACGGAUGACAUACGCCACGCCAUCGCUAUCGAUUACGACCCCGUGGACGGACACAUCUAUUGGACGGACGAUGAGGUCAGGGCUAUCCGGAGGUCCUCCCUUGACGGCUCUGACGCUCAGUUCAUCGUCACCUCACAGGUGAACCACCCGGACGGCAUUGCUGUGGACUGGAUCGCUAGGAACCUGUACUGGACGGACACGGGCACGGAUCGCAUCGAGGUCACACGUCUCAAUGGAACCAUGAGGAAGAUCCUGAUAUCUGAGGACCUGGAUGAACCUCGAGCCAUCGUGCUGGACCCUGUUGCCGGGUACAUGUACUGGUCCGACUGGGGUGGUGUUCCUAAAAUUGAACGUGCUGACCUGGACGGGCUGGAGAGGGUAGUGAUGGUCAACACGUCCCUGGGCUGGCCUAAUGGGCUGGCGCUGGACUAUGUUGACAGGAUGAUCUACUGGGGUGAUGCCAGGACUGACAAGAUAGAGAUGAUUGGCAUGGAUGGUUCCGGCAGGAGGGUGCUGCUGGAUGACAAACUGCCUCACAUCUUUGGCUUCAGCCUCCUGGGGGACUUCAUCUACUGGACGGACUGGCAGAGACGUAGCAUUGAGAGGGUCCAUAAACACACGGCCGAGAGGGAGGUCAUCAUAGACCAGCUGCCUGACCUCAUGGGGCUAAAGGCUACCUACGUACACAAGACGUUCGGUACAAACCCAUGUGCCGAGGCCAAUGGUGGCUGUAGCCACCUGUGCCUGUACAAGCCGACGGGCGUCCAGUGUGCCUGUCCGAUCGGUCUGGAGCUGAUCUCUGACCUGUCCACCUGCAUCGUCCCGGAGGCCUUCCUCCUCUUCUCCCGCCACACUGACAUCAGACGCAUCUCCUUGGAAACCAACCACAACAACGUGGCCAUUCCGUUGUCAGGCGUCAAGGAGGCAUCAGCUCUCGACUUCGACGUCACUGACAACCGCAUCUACUGGACUGACAUCACCCUGAAGACAAUAAGCCGUGCAUUCAUGAAUGGUAGCGCUCUGGAGCAUGUGGUGGAGUUCGGCCUGGACUACCCAGAAGGCAUGGCAGUGGACUGGCUGGGGAAGAAUUUGUAUUGGGCUGACACAGGGACCAAUCGUAUUGAGGUGGCCAAGCUGGACGGACAGCACAGACAGGUUCUGGUGUGGAAGGAUCUGGACAGCCCACGGGCCUUGGCUCUGGAUCCUGCUGAGGGUUUUAUGUAUUGGACCGAGUGGGGGGGGAAACCGAAGAUUGACCGGGCUGCGAUGGACGGGACAGGACGGGUCACUCUGGUGCCCAAUGUGGGCCGAGCUAACGGGCUGACAAUCGACUACGCAGAGAGACGCCUCUACUGGACUGACCUGGACACCACCCUUAUAGAGUCCUCAAACAUGCUGGGUUUGGAGCGUGAGGUGAUCGCUGAUGACCUGCCACACCCAUUUGGCCUUACUCAGUACCAAGACUAUAUCUAUUGGACGGACUGGUCUCAGCGUAGCAUUGAGCGGGCAAAUAAGACGUCAGGACAGAACCGCACUGUCAUACAAGGUCAUCUGGACUAUGUGAUGGACAUCCUGGUCUUUCAUUCGUCUCGUCAGGGGGGCUGGAAUGCUUGCGCCUCCACCAAUGGGCACUGCUCACACCUCUGUCUGGCUGUGCCAAUCAGCAGCUUUGUGUGCGGAUGCCCCGCCCACUUCUCCCUAAACUACGACAACAAGACGUGCAGCGCGCCGACGUCCUUCCUCCUGUUCAGUCAGAAGUCAGCCAUUAACCGGAUGGUGAUGGAUGAGCAGCAGUCUCCGGACAUCAUCCUGCCCAUCCACAGCCUGAGGAACGUCAGGGCCAUCGACUAUGACCCUCUGGAUAAACAGCUGUACUGGAUUGACUCCAAACUGAACGUCAUCCGCAGAGCUCAGGAGGACGGGAACAUGAGUAUGACUGUGGUGUCCAGCAAUGUGGGGAGUCCUAACCUGGGCCUCCAGCCAUUUGACCUGAGCAUCGACAUUUACAGCCGCUUCAUCUACUGGACCAGCGAGGUCACUAACGUCAUCAACGUGACACGGACAGAUGGCAGCCGUGUGGGAGUGGUUCUGAGAGGGGAACAUGACAAACCUAGAGCCAUUGUGGUCAACCCCGAGAGAGGCUAUAUGUACUUUACCAACCUGCAGGAGCGUAGCCCUAAGAUAGAGCGAGCAGCGCUGGAUGGGACAGAGAGAGAGGUGCUGUUCUUCAGUGGCCUGGGGAAGCCUGUUGCCCUGGCCAUAGACAACGAAGUGGGCAAGCUGUUCUGGGUCGACUCGGAUCUCCGUCGCAUCGAGAGCAGCGACCUCACGGGAGCCAAUCGGAUUGUGAUCGAGGACUCCAACAUUCUCCAGCCGGUUGGUUUGACUGUGUUUGGUAACCACCUGUACUGGAUCGACCGCCAGCAACAGAUGAUCGAACGCAUCGACAAGACCACAAGAGAGGGCAGGACCAAGAUCCAAGCUCGUAUUGCCACACUCAGUGACAUCCAUGCAGUCCACGACCUGGACAUGAGAGAGUACAGUAAACACCCAUGUACCUGGGACAAUGGCGGCUGUUCUCACAUCUGUAUCGUCAAGGGAGACGGAACCACUCGUUGCUCCUGUCCAGUUCACCUGGUUCUGCUUCAGGAUGAACUCUCCUGUGGAGAGCCCCCCACCUGUUCUCCGGAACAGUUCUCCUGUGCAUCUGGGGAGGUGGACUGCAUCCCCAAGGCGUGGCGCUGCGAUGGCUUCCCAGAGUGUGACGACCAUAGUGACGAACGGGACUGUCCCCUGUGUUCCCCGUCCGAGUUCCAGUGUGACUCCACUCAGUGUGUGGACCUCAGCCUGCGAUGCAACGGGGAGGACAACUGUCAGGACCGAUCGGACGAGAACAAGUGUGAAGUCCACUGCUCCCCAGACCAGUUUAGCUGCUCCAACGGUCAGUGUGUAGGGAAACACCAGAAAUGUGAUCACUUCCCCGACUGCUCUGACAACUCAGAUGAGAUCGGCUGCUACUCGACAGAGGAGCCAUCCACCCCGCCCACCAAUACCAUUGGUUCCAUCGUGGGUGUUGUCAUGGCGCUAUUCGUGGUGGGUGCGGUCUACUUGGUGUGCCAGCGGGUCCUCUGUCCUCAGAUGAAGGACGACGGGGAGACUGUGACCAACGACUUUGUGGUCCAUGGACCCUCCUCCGUCCCUCUGGGUUAUGUCCCACACCCCUCCUCUCUGUCUGGUUCUCUGCCAGGCAUGUCCAGGGGUAAGUCUGUGAUUGGUUCGUUAAGCAUCAUGGGCGGGUCCAGUGGACCACCAUACGACCGUGCCCAUGUGACCGGAGCGUCCUCCUCAAGCUCCUCCUCUACUAAGGGCACUUACUUCCCCCCGAUCCUCAACCCUCCUCCUUCCCCUGCUACUGUCCGCUCUCAAUACACCUUGGAGUUUGGCUACUCCUCCAACAGCCCAUCCACACACAGAUCCUACAGCUACCGGCCGUAUACAUACCGUCACUUUGCCCCUCCCACAACCCCCUGCUCCACAGACGUCUGUGACAGCGACUAUACCCCCGGACGCCAUGCCCCACCCACCUCCAACUCUGCUGUUGCCAAGGGUUACACCAGCGACCUGAACUACGACUCGGAGCCCCUCCCCCCACCCCCUACCCCCCGGAGCCAGUACCUGUCAGCAGAAGAGAACUGUGAGAGCUGCCCCCCCUCCCCCUAUACGGAGCGCUCCUAUGCUCACCAUCUGUACCCCCCACCUCCUUCACCCUGCACAGACUCCUCCUGAAACCCCCACAAUGCACCUCUCUCGCCACGCUCCUCGGACCCUGUUCUGUACAUAACAAUUGUUGAUAUUAGGAUUCUAAAAGAGGGGAAGGAUGGUGAGCAGAUGAGGCCAUUGAUGUACAGAACAAACCACAGAAAAAUAUGAAAAGAGAAACACAGGGAACUCGUUUGGUGGAAAAAAACGAGCUCCAGAACAUUUGUACAUUAAAAAGAAAAAAAGCAUAUUUAUAUAUUUUCUAUACAGCGUUUACUGGUUACACCAUAGAGGUUUGUAUUAAAAAAAUUUGUAAAUUUUUUUUUAAAGAAAAAGUUUUAUUAAAAUCAUCACAAACAUAAUAAGUUGCCUUAAACCCAGGAUAGAAAACCAGAUGUCCGUUUUACAAGGCUGGAGGGUAACUGAGCCCAUGGAGAGAGAGAGAGAGAGAGAGAGAGAGAGAGAGAGAGCUCCCUGACUACAACACACUGACUGCAGGGGAGCAGAACCAUAGAGGAUGAAGGAGGCAGGCUGGCGCCCCCUGUAUUUGACUGAUUGUUACUGCAACGUGCAGCUCUGCAGACCCGGGCAGCCAUUUUGUGGAUCAGUGAUUCUCAUAGUUGCCAGGGGUGUAUUCAUUUAGUCUAACAAAGAUUCAAUUAAACAAACUCAGAUUGGUCCCUGCCUGUUUUGUUGUUUGAUAAAACCAAAAGGGACCUACGUGAAUGUAUCCAAUUAAAAAGUGUUUUGUUAGGUGAAAUGAAUGCACUUCUGGUUCCCGUAGUAACCAGUCGGCUGGAUCAGUAUGGGCUAGACAGACCCACAGAACCAAGUCCAGGAAUAAACCACGAGGAUGUGCCAAGUGAUUUCAGCUCCUUCAGCUCAGUUAAUUUUGAGGACCUCCUGGAACUCUGGACUACAGAGACCUUUAUUGACAUCAUCAGGUCUGAAGCAAUAACACUACCCUGACCUCUGACCUGACCCUGGUCCCCUCAUCACGUCUUCUGCUCAUCUGGAUAUUUACAGUCUGGCCACUAUGACUGACUAACCACAGAUCACUACAUCAUCAGUAUCCUGGCUCAUGGAUUGGUCCAGGAAGGGGUGGGGUUAAACAGUCAGGGUUCAACAUAAGGUCAGAAAGAAGAGACCACAUUGUCACGCUAUCAUGUGACAGGAAACGGGAAACCAAUCGAGACAACAUGUCUCCUUCCAUCUGAUGAGGUCACAUCAGACAUAAUAUUCAACCAAAAUCUAUGUCCUGUUACUUUAGUUUUCAUUUUUGUGUUUCUAUUUUAUUUUAAAUGCCAGACUGCAACUGUGGAUCUUUAUUAGCCCUGUUGUCUAUGGGGAGACUUCUGUUACUUUCUGAGGUAUUUGCUCUCUCUCUCUCUCUCUCUCUCUCUCCUGCUCUCUUUCUCUCUCCUGCUCUCUCUCUCUCUCCUGCUCUCUCU